GCCGUUAGAAUCUCCAUCCUUCCUCUUCUCUUUGGCUUUUCAUCUUCCAUCUCGUCUCUGUAACCGUACAAACUACUCAUGCAAUGAGAAGAAGAGACACGUCUGUGUUCAAACGCUAUAAAUGUUGUUUGCUUUGUGGCCUGUAAGCUUCUGAGUCUGACUACAACCCCUUCACACUUCAUCUCUUGCUUCCUUCCAAAUCUCUCCUUUUCCGUUCUAAUCAACCUUAAGCUCUUCCCUUUUCUCCGCAGAAAGCUUGAGAGCAAAAAGGGGGAAACCUUUCUUAGCUUGGACAUAUUCGAUUCCCUUCUUCAGCUCUGGUUCAUUAGGAGAAGUUCUUGCUAAAGGGGGCUCUUGUAGCAAUCUGCUUUCCUUCAAAUAUACAAAAACUUAAAUUGCUGGCAGCUUUUUGAGGAUGGGGGAUCACUUUGUAUUGCUGGUGGAUCGGUUGCUUACUGAAUCCACACUGGAAGCUGCAAUCGAGAGCAGAAACCGAUCAAAGCUCGCUGCACCCUCUGUGGUUAGCGACACAGUGGCAGGCGAUUCAUCGCAUAAGAAGGAUUUUAGAAACGGAUUGUAUCCGAGGAAGUUGGUGGAAUGUAGGAUAUGCCAGGAUGAGGAUGAAGCUGCAAAUAUGGAGGCACCUUGCUCUUGCUGUGGCAGCUUGAAGUAUGCUCAUCGAAGAUGUGUUCAAAGGUGGUGUAAUGAGAAGGGUGAUACUCUCUGUGAAAUUUGCCACCAGCAAUUUAAGCCAGGUUACACAGCACCUCCUCCAGUGUUCCAGUUUAGGGACAUCUCAAUGAACUUCAGGGGAAAUUGGGAGAUCUCUGCAAGGGAGUUGAAUAAUCCUCGCUUUAUAGCAAUGGUGUCAACCGAUCGUAAUUUCCUUGAUCCUGACUAUGAUGAGUAUGCAGCUUCCACAGCAAGAAGCAUGGUGUGCUGUCGUUCUGUUGCACUAAUCUUCAUGAUGCUGCUGAUUUUGCGUCACACGCUUCCCCUCAUUAUUACAGGAGUCGAGGAGUACUCUUUCCCACUGUUCAUGGUAUUGCUUUUGCGAACUGCUGGGAUUGUUCUGCCAAUCUACCUUAUGGUGAAAGCAGCCAAUGCUAUCCAGCGACGACUACAGCAACGGCGACUCCAAGAUGCAUCACCCACUUCAUCAGAUGAAGAGACUGAGCAACCAUCCCGACAGCAUCAUGCUCAUGUCGUUCACAUUGGGUGAAAUCGGAAUCACUUGCAAUAUUCCAAAGUACAACAGCACCUCUUCCAACUGCACGCGGACGGCAAGAUUGUCGCCCGGCAAAAAUUAAAACAUGUAUGCUGUGACUAUGACCAACAAGCUAGGCAACACCUCCCUUUGACAUAUAUUCUGUUAGUUUCCACUUAUGAAGUAGGUUCUCAAGUGUGUUUUGCACUCUUCAGAAAAAGAAUGUACAGAUUGAAAUUGUUUCCACUGUAUAUAUGAACAAUUAUCACUGCAGCAAAACAAAGCAAGAGAUCAAAGAUGGAGGAAUUAUAUCAUUGUGCAAUUGCUGUUCUAUUGAAAAUAUUCAAAUGAUCAUUUACCAAA